CUUCCAUCCUCCUUGUCAUGCGUGAACACGCUUCUUGAUCCGUCUCUCACACCCACACCCGCAAUGGACGCCAGUCUUCGGAAUGCGAAAGGCCUGCACGACGAGCUCGGUGCACUGCAAGCGAACCUCCUCAGACGCUUCACGAACCUCGUGAAUCUCGCAGAAGUCAAACACGACACUCGCGGCGUUUCGGCAGUCACGCAAUAUCAAAUUCAAGCAGAGACGGCAGCUCUGAUUCGCGCCGCAGAAGAUGUCCAAACCAUCAUUCGCCAAAUGCAGGAGAUGUGGCUGUUUGGACAGCUCAAUACGCUGGGCGAGAGUAGAGCGCAGCGGGAGACUGAUGAGAAUGCGAGAGAUGUGGCGGGUUUACUGAAGCGUCUUACGGAAGCGAAAUUUGGGGCUGGUGAGGUGGAAACAAAUGGGACGAAUGGGACGAAUGGCGCACAUCAUGAUGCUUGAUGGUAAAUGUCGCGAGGCAAGACCACCAUUGGGAUAUUCAGAACCAGUCUCUAAUAAUGUCUGCCCUGGAGGGUAGAAGGGGAGUGAGUUCUCUUUUCUACAUGCCCACGGAAGUCGCAUGUGAGAUUUCGCAUCUUGCUAGGGAUAGAAGACUUCUAGCAGGAGAAGGAUAUGGAUAUGCUCUCAAUCGAGCAUAUACCUUGACGAGCUUCGGCCGACGAAUCCGCAAGACAACACCACCUAUGCGCGAAAUAUGUCUACAGACCCUCCCGUGAGCUGCGGAUCUCGUCGAUCUGGCUUGCAAUAGCAUCCACCCAGACGGUCUAGCGGGAUCGAUCUUCACGAGAUGACGCUAAUGUCGGCUCCUGCGAUUAUAUCGUAAUAAGAAGCUUUUUGGAUGAGCAUGCACACCGCAAAAUCAAUCUCGAGGGGCGACUUUUAGGCGCAUGACCUUGGGAUACCUUUUUAUUAGAUACCUCUGGUAUAA